AUGGCCGAACUGCAGUCGAGCAGGACUGGCGACAUUUGGACGAGAGCGGAGGACUAUUUGAGUGACAAGAUCCAAACUGCGGCGGAUCUCGAGCAGGUUGACAGUCUGCUGUCCAGGGUGCAGGAGCAGCAAGAUCUCUUGCGGAAACAGCUUCAAGAUACGCUCCAGAGUCAGCGAGAUGCCCACGAACGGGCCCAAGAGCGGUCACAAGAACUAAAGACGAGAGCCGAAGCUUUCCAGUCACAACGGGCGGAUCUAGAUGAACGGCUGAAGAGUCUUGCGCGAUCGGAUGCCAGUGACGAUGCGACCAAGAAGAUUGAGACACGAAUGGGCAAGGUCCGCAACCUAGAAAUUGCACAGGGAUACCUCGAGCUGGUUCAGCAGUUGAAUACUCUGCGAGACCAGGCCAGAAAGAACCUCUCAGAACAUCCCGACGUAUCGUUGCAGGCCUACCUUCGUUUACGCAAGUUGUUCGACCACCUUCGUGAUGCGCAGCCUGCUGCAGAAGGAGCUGCCCCUCAGUUGCUCUACAUGUUCGAGCAGCAAUCCGGCGAGCUGUAUGCGCAGGUCAAGGCCGUCCUGGAGACAUCGCUGAGGAAGACACUGGAGCAGAUGAAAUGGCCGGGUAAAGAAUUGAAUCUCUCGGAAGCUGUGAGUGAGCAGUGGAAGCAGGAAGUCGGACUGCUGUUGCAGCUACAAGAACCGGAUUUGAUCGCGACUUUCGCGAAUAGGGACACUCUCGGUCCUUCUGCCGUCCCGGAACCCCUUGUGCUCCUCCCCCUGGAAGUCAUGAUCGAGCCCUUGGCGACGAGGUUCCAAUAUCACUUCUAUGGAGAGAAGCCGACGAACCGGUUGGACAAGCCAGAGUAUUUCCUCACUCACGUCCUGGAUCUCCUUGAGCGACAUGGCGGAUUCAUGUCCGACCUGCUCGGGCCUAUAUUGGAUGAAAGAGCACGCCUGUCUGAAGCCAUGGAAUCCGUCUAUACCGACGCCGUAUCAGCUUUCAUCACGGCGUUGCUGCCUAUGGUUGUCGAAAAGUGUCUGUCUUUCCUGCCGCACAUCUCCCGGGAGCCGCAGCUGAUGUCUCACUUCAUGCACGAACUCAUGGCAUUCGACACUGCCAUACGGGACACUUGGGGAUAUAUCCCACUACCUAGGAUGUUGACAGAAUGGAAAGGGAUCACGUGGAUGAUCCUGGAUAAACACGGCUACUUUGCUUCGUGGCUUGCCGUCGAGAAGGAUUUCGCGUUGUCUCGCUACAGAAGCAUCAGAGAUGCCCCUGAUAGUAGCGAGGUCGACUUCGAUGCUGAUGCCACCAAGACGAAACCCACGAAGGGAGCAAUAAGGGUCAACGAUCUUUUGGAGACGGUCACAGAUCGAUAUCGAGGCCUUUCGUCGUUCAGCCAGAAGAUGAGGUUUCUCCUGGAAAUCCAGCUGUCCAUCUUUGACGAUUAUCACAAUCACCUACAUGGCGCACUGCAAGCAUAUCUGGUUGCUUCACACACGGCAGGCCGACUGUUACAGGGCGGAUCCGAAGCUGAUGCUCUUGGUUUGAAAGGCUUGGAGACGUUGGCCAAGAUAUUCGGGAGCGCCGAGUUCCUCGACCGCAAGAUGUCGGACUGGAGUGAUGAUGUGUUCUUCCUCGAGCUCUGGGAUGAGCUACAGUAUAGGGCGAGAGUCAAUGCCGAUGGCUCUGUGGGAACUGACCUGAAGGUCGACGAUGUGGCAGCCAAGACAUCCACAACUAUCAAAGCCAACGGGCCAGACGUCGAUGCGGACACUGAUGGAAGCGGCCUGUUUGACCAGACCGCACUGGCAUAUCGUCGACUCCGGCAGCGCUGUGAGGAAGAGAUCCUUCGAGCAUUCGAUGUCAAUGUCCACGGCUCUCUCAAGCCAUAUGUGAAAUAUGCCCAGUGGUCCUCGCUGGUGGAAACACCAUCCGAUCCUUUGUCGAUGGCGGCCUCUCCCAGUCUCGAUGGGUUCUUCGAGACCACUGCGGUUCUCUUGGGGUACCUGGCGCGAGUGCUUGCUCCGGUGGCACUGCGCCGCAUUACAAAGCACUACUGUUCGACAGUGCAACGGGACAUAUACGACAACGUCCUCAUGCAUCACACAUUUUCCGCCACCGGAGCAUCACAGCUGAAGCGAGAUUUGAGCGCCAUUGAGGAAAGCAUUGAGAAGAACAGCAAGAUUCCCGGAGUCAUUGGUUCUAGCAUGAAACGGCUCGAAGAAGCAUUGUUUCUCGUUUCGCUGCACACUGGGAAGUCACAACAGGGGGCGUUUGACGGCGAAGGAGAUGGAUGGGGCUUUGAGGAUGGAGACGAGGUUGCAGCCGAACAAGACUCGACUCUCACUCCAUCUGAUCAUUUCGCUGGUAUCAAGGAAUGGGGGCUUUGGGACGCCGAAAAGCUCAUCUUUGAAAGCAACGAGGCUGCGAGAAAGGCUUUGGCCAGUAUGGGUUUGUAUCACCUCAGUGAAGGUGAUGCGAGGAACGUCCUGAAGCGUCGAGUGGAAUUGAAUGGUUGA